UCGUUGCGGAGAUAGGCGCGCGUUUAUACGGCGCUCGGAGUCGGCUCGGCGGACACAGUGCCGAGCAGUACCGCGGGACGAACGUCUCGCGAGCUCGGAUGCGAAGUGCAGCGGUGUAGAAGUGUAGUGAGCAUGGAGCCGGAGACGGGGAUGCCGCUGCCGGCGUCGAAGGCGGAGUCGCGGUGGCUGCGCGUGCUGCGCAAGCGCCUGCCCAUCCUGCAGUGGGCGCCGCGGUACGACCGGCUGACGGCGGCCGCGGACCUGGUGGCGGGCGUGACGCUCGGCCUCACGCUCGUGCCGCAGAGCAUCGCCUACGCCGCGCUCGCCAACCUGCCCGUGCAGUACGGACUCUACUCCUCGUUCGUCGGCACGAUGCUGUACGUGUUGCUGGGCACGGUGAAGGAGGUGUCGAUCGGUCCGACGAGCCUGAUGGCGCUGCUGACGCUGCACGUGUGCCGCGGCCUGCCCGUUGAGUUCGUCGUGCUGCUCACCUUCCUCUCCGGCUGCGUCGUGCUGCUCAUGGGCCUGCUGCGGCUUGGUUUCCUCGUGGACUUCAUAUCGCCGAGCGUGACGAGCGGGUUCACGUCGGCGACGGCGCUGAUCAUCGUGGCGGCGCAGCUGAAGGGGCUGCUGGGGCUGAGCUUCACGGCGGAGUCGCUGCUGGACAACGUGCGCUACAUCGCGGCGCAGCGCGCGCGCGUGCGCGGCGCCGACUGCGCGCUCGGCGCCGCGUGCUGCGCCGUGCUGCUGCUGCUCAGGAAGCUGAAGGACAUCCCGGUGAACCCGAAGCGCAGCACGCUGAAGAAGGCGCUGUGGCUCGUGUCCAUCAGCCGAAACGCACUCGUGGUGCUCGUCGCGACCACCUUCGCGUACGUCGUGCACGACCCUAAGGAUCCCAUGUUCAAGCUCUCAGGUCGCGUGGAGCCGGGCCUGCCGCCGCUGUCGGCGCCGCCGUUCAGCGCGGCGGUGGACAACAGCACGGUGCAGUUCGUGGACAUGGUGCAGCAGCUGGGCACGGGCGUGGUGCUGCUGCCGGUGGUGAUGGUGCUGGCGAACAUCGCGAUCGCGAAGGCGUUCAGCGCGGGCGGGCGCGUGGACGCGACGCAGGAGAUGGUGACGCUGGGGCUGUGCAACAUGGCGGGCUCGCUGGUGCACGCCAUGCCCACGUGCGGCGCCUUCACGCGCUCCGCCGUGUCGCACUCCAGCGGCGUGCGCACGCCCGCCGCUGGACUCUACUCCGGUUUGAUCACUCUUCUGGCGCUGAUAUUCCUGACGCGGUACUUCUACUUCAUCCCCAAGGCGUGUCUCUCCUCGGUGCUUAUCUGUGCCGUCAUAUUUAUGAUAGACCUGAGCACGAUGUGGCGGCUGUGGCGGCGCGACCGGCGCGCGCUGUGCGUGCUGUGGCUGACGCUGCUGACGGGGCUGGCGCACAGCGUGGAGCUGGCGGUGCUGGCGGGCGCGCUGGCGGACGCGGCGCUGGUGCUGGCGCGGGUGCGCAGCGCGCGCGUGCGCGUGGCGGCGGGCGCGCGCGCGGCGCUGGUGCGGCCCGCGCUGCCGCUGCUGUACGUGAGCGCGGGGCGCGGCGCGCGGCGCGUGCUGGCGGCGGCGGCGCGCGCGCACCCGCGCCCCGUGCUGCUCGACUGCGCCGCGCUCACCGUCAUCGACGACGCCGCCGCCAGCAUGCUUGAACGUGUAAUAAAGACCCUGAAGCGCGAGAACCAGAAGCUGAUAUUGUACAACGUGCCGGCGGACACGGCGGGCACGCUGGAGGCGCUGGAGGGCGCGGACUCGCGCGCGUUCUCCGCCACCAACAUGGCGGACGCGCUCGCCGCGGUGGCGGAGGCGGGACUCGCCGACACCGACGCGCUACUGCCCAAGGAACACGCAGCGGAGAAACUAUGACCAUGAGGGACCGUUAGCCUUCAAACUUAAAUAUAUUUUUCAAAUGAGACCUCUCCUCCAGAUGAAGAGCCAAUUUUUAUCACUGUAACAAGAUUUACAGCUAUUUUAAUAACAAGCUAUUUUCCACCGAGAAUAAGCGUGGAACAAAUGUUAUUUAGUUAAUUUUUAUUUACUAUAUCGUAAGCAUUGUAAAACCACCGCAGUGGAAAAUAAGAAAAAAAUCUCCUGAUGGAAACAUCUGCAAGUCGCCAUCGAUAUGACAAUAUGUAUUGUGUUAUAUUGCAGCGUUAUAAUUGAACAUACUUCAUGACGCGACAGUAUGAACCACCACCAUUUAAGUAAGGACACGUAAAUAAAACGAGCGAUGUGUUUUAAAAACUAUACAAACAGCUGUAUCGAUACUCGCAUGCUAGUCUUUGCAUUAAACAAAAGCGCAGGCGCUAAAAACGAAUAUUAUAAAUAUCUAAUUAAAAAUAAAUUUAUAUUAUAUUAAAAUAUAAGGAUAAAUAUAAGGAAUGGAUUGUGUAAUAAUCUCUUCUAUUAAAAACGAUAAAUAACCGACGUUAUCAAUAGAUGAAUCCCAAUCACUCUAUCGAUCGCGAACAUUGUCCAAUCAGAAUAAUGUUUGUUGAACAAGCUUUCCAAAUGAUUUAUUGUGAUUGAUACAUUCUCGGGAUCAGAUCGUAGAUUAAGACUGGGAUCAUUUAAAUCCGCCGUAUAACGGUAAAAUCUAAUGAAAAUGACUGCUUUAGUGGCGUAGUUGUAUAACGUUACGACUGCAGUGCUGAGAUCUCGGGUUCGAGCCCCAGAUCGGACAGUGUUAUUGGGUUUUUCUACUCAGUAUCAGCCCGGAGUUUUAAAUUUAUGCUCGAAAUGGCGAUAGCCUCGCCACUUUUUAAAUUAUGUGACGGAAUACACGCGACGGAUAGUGAGUGCAACAGUUGCACCGCCACCUACGCCUUCGGGGGUAAAUAAACCAUGAGUAUGUGUGUUGAAAUCACCUUUCUAAUAAACGUUGUAUACCUACUUAAAAACAUCUCUAAUUUAUAAGUACUCAGUGUCUUGUCUUAGCUUUAUAUUGAGGCGACUCUUAACGUCAGAGGAAGCAAUAGGAAACAUUGUUUAGCCAUGACAGACAUACAACGUGUUUUAGUAAGGCGGUGUAAUAUAAACGCAACCUAAUGUUAUUAUUUGCAGCGUAUUGUUCUAUUAUAAUUUAUAUUUAACUUGCACGCUGUGUGGUAUAUUCACCAGUUUACAAAUAAAUAUAUGUUAAAAAAAAAACUAAUUUCUAUCCAUUUAACAAUAAUUUAAUCAUCUAUUAAACCUGUCUUUCUAACUAACUAAAAAUAAACGACAGCUGUAAUAUUAUGUAGCCAUGAAAUUAAUUAAUACAUGGUGUGUCAGUAGGCAGAUAUUUUUCUGAAACAGAUUGUUAAAUACACUGUUGUCACUAUGAUUGUUUCACUUGUGGUAUCAGGAGGACCUUCCAUGUAGAGAGGAUACCUUUAAUUGACCAGUGGAUUCAGUUAUUUAUUUUUUUGUAUUUAAAAGGUUGUUUGUAUGUAUUUAUAAAAUAGGACAAGUAACCCACAUCAAACAACCAAAGAGUAUUUUUCUAUAGAACUAAAGUAGAAAGAAAUUGAAUGAUAUAAGAUAUUAAUAAA